AUGUCCUGGGCUUACAGUGACACGACUGUCCUUAGAGUCGGCUGGCUUUUGAGCUCUCACGAUUGGAAAGGGUUUUCUGGUUCGCAGCUCGACAGGAUCGCGUCCCCCACAGUCACGCUCUGCCCUGAGGUGCAGCAUUUGACAAGUUACCCCUUCGCACAUACCACUUCCACCCAGGUCCGAGUUAACUUUGUUAUUAACCUUCUUGAGACUCCCCUCCGCCUCCAGAACAGGUCUUUUUUCCCCAGUUCAUUUUUGCCCUUAAGAUUGAGUUUCGAGUUUCAGAUAUUAUGCAGAAAGUUUACCUUUAAGACUGAGCACGCAUCUGAUACCCUUCCUCCCGAAAAAGUUCAUGCUCACGGGAGAGUUUGUGGGAAAAGUGAAAGCCAGUACACACAGGAAGCUAUGGCUGAGCACGGGGCUCACAUCACAACUGCUUCUGUAGCCGAUGACCAGCCAUCCAUCUUUGAGGUGGUAGCACAGGACAGUUUAAUGACAGCAGUGAGACCCGCUCUUCAGCAUGUGGUCAAGGUUCUUGCAGAAUCAAAUCCCACCCACUAUGGCUUCUUGUGGAGGUGGUUUGAUGAAAUCUUUACUCUGCUAGAUCUUCUGGUCCAGCAGCAUUACCUGUCUAGAACCAGUGCCUCAUUUUCUGAAAACUUUUAUGGCUUAAAGAGAAUUGUAAUGGGGGACACUCACAAGUCUCAGAGACUGGCUAGUGCUGGUCUCCCAAAGAAGCAGCUUUGGAAAUCAAUUAUGGUCCUGGUUCUUCUUCCCUAUCUGAAAGUGAAGCUGGAGAAGCUGGUUUCUAGCCUGAGAGAAGAGGAUGAAUAUUCUAUUCAUCCCCCUUCUUCCCGCUGGAAACGAUUUUACAGAGCCUUCCUGGCAGCUUACCCAUUUGUGAAUAUGGCCUGGGAAGGAUGGUUUCUUGUACAACAACUUCGAUACAUCCUAGGAAAAGCUCAGCAUCACUCACCACUGCUGAGGCUGGCUGGAGUUCGGCUAGGUCGACUGACAGUUCAGGAUAUACAAGCUCUGGAGCACAAACCAGCUAAGGCCAGUAUGAUGCAGCAGCCAGCCUGGAGUGUUAGUGAGAAGAUAAAGUCAGCUCUGAAGAAAGCUGUGGGGGGUGUUGCCUUAUCCCUGUCUACUGGCCUUUCUGUGGGUGUAUUCUUCUUGCAGUUCCUUGACUGGUGGUACUCAUCUGAAAAUCAAGAAACCAUCAAGUCAUUGACUGCCCUGCCUACUCCACCACCACCUGUACACCUAGACUAUAACUCUGAUUCUCCCCUCUUACCCAAAAUGAAGACUGUGUGCCCACUGUGUCGUAAAACCCGGGUGAAUGAUACUGUUCUUGCCACCUCUGGCUAUGUGUUUUGUUACCGCUGUGUGUUUCAUUAUGUGAGGAGUCACCAAGCUUGUCCCAUCACAGGUUAUCCAACAGAAGUACAACAUCUGAUUAAACUCUACUCCCCCGAGAACUGAAAAGGAAUUGUGUCUUAUCCUCACAACAAAAGUAUUGCGCUAUAAUGCCACAGACCUGGUUUCAGUAUGGUACUGAGUUGACACUUCUCAGCCUCAAUUCAUAACUAUAUGAACUUUAAAUGACUAUAUGGAUUUCUUUAAAAGGAUAUGCCCAUUUGAUCCUAACCUUUUAGCCUGCUCUCCAGAACCCUACUUACAGUUGACCAAACUGCUUAAAGUAGAAGAAUCAGGACUGGCAGGGGAUAUGAGGGCCAGUGUAGAGAUUAAACAGAAUAAUGAGUACACAAGUUUUUGUCUAUCCCUUUCCUUAAAAUAUAAGAAGUACAGAAGCUCUUGGGAAAAACCCAGGUUAGACUGCAUAAAAAAUAAAGUGAACAGUGAGGUGUUAGCAAGCCUUUUUAGAAAAGAAAGCAUUUGCCUGCCUGUCUGUAAGGUGGAAAUUUCAUCAGUUUGCAAACGAUAAGAAAUGUAGACCUGCUCUUGAUAGAAAUGCUUAGAAACACUUUAGGGGGGAAAAAAGCUCCUUCCAUAUACUGUGACGCAUUUGUUAAGUGACAUCUAUAGUUUAUCAGCUUUUAAGGAUAAAAAAGGACAUCUUAAAAGUUGGAUAUUUAGGAUAUUUAAGGAUAUUCCUGUAUGAGCUCUCCAUAUCUUUCUUGAGAAACUGGUUAAAAAAGGAAUAGGGGUUGAGUGUUACAAAGAGACUAGUCUGAAGAUUCCUGUAUAAAAGCAAAGCUAACAAGCAAUGAAGAUGUGAAGCAAAAUACUAAUCUAAUUGUGUAAAGAAAGGAUAUUUUAAUAAGUUCUUUCUGCUUGCUGCUAAGAGUUUGCUAAACUGUCAUGAAUUAUUCUGGUUAUUACUAAAGUUUCUAUGAAACACUUAAGUAGAUUUUAAGAAUAAAUGUUUCUGGAAAAGAACUUCCAUGUUGUUAUGAUUUUGUAGAAAUGUAAAGAUUACUUGAGGUGUUUAAAAUAAAUUUUUCAUUCAGACUA